CGCCCCUUUCUCCCCGGACCCCUCCCCCCUCCCUGACCUGGAGAAACCCAGCGGAAGGUGCUAGAAGGGACUCCAGGGACCCUCGUGCAGAUGGAGCAGCAGAAGGAAGACACGGGCCCAGACGGGAACCACCUGCCACCGCCCGGGACGGGGCCCUGGCCCCCCCUGCCCUUCCCGGCCCUGCCAUCUUCUCUCCUGGGCACCCCAGAUCCAGCACACCUGGGGCUCCCCGAGAGCCUGGCCUCCGUCACUGUGCCCAUCCGCCUGGAUGCCCUCUCCUACCUCCUGCACAGCGCCUUGCUGGGGGCCUACAACCUCCAGCAGUCCCUGCCCUCCUGCACCUGCCACCCCCAGGCUCCCGACCCCCAGCCCCCCGCCGCCAAGAGGCCGUUCAGGGGGUGUGGGGACUGGGACGUCCCUCGCAGGCCAGGCUGGGGCCGGGGCCGGGGCCGGGGCCAGAGGCGACAGGGCCCUGGGAGGUCUGAGCAGCCAAAGCCGUUCUGGGCAGGGGACUCCGGGGCUGGCCCCAGGACCCCACCCACGACGCCGUCUUCACCCCCAACACUGCCCACCCAGGAUGGGAAGAAGGAGGCGGGAGGUCCGGAGCCACCCCUGGCCACGCCGCCUGCCGCUGAGGACUGGGACACGGAGUACUAAGCCCGGAGGGCCCAGCACCUUGGCUUCUCGGGGUCACCAAGAGGGUCCCGGAGCUCAAGGGGGACCUCAGACCUGUCAGAGACACCCGGCCCCUCCCCCCAAACCAGGGCCCCAACAGGGGGCCUGGGAAUCCCCUGUGAAACCUGGACCUGACUUAGCAUCCCAAGCCUUGCACCUCAUACCCAGCAGCACCCCGACUACAGCGACAACCCUCAGCUCAUUCUCUGUCGGGAUCCUGACCCCAUUGUCAACCCCAAAGCCAUUCACCUGCCUCUGCCACCCCCUCCCACCCCCACGCGGUACCACAUUCCCAUCCCCUCCAUUCCCAGCUGCUUCAUCCUCACCCCCCACCUACUGCAGGUCAACCCAGCUCCGUCCUCAACUUCAUCCUGAACUCAGCCCCAGUCCCAGCCCAUGUCCCACCCAUCUCAUCCUCAACUUCCUUCCUGUCCUGGCCCCAACUGUGACAUGCCCGCUGGCCUCAUCCACAAAGCAUCCCCCCAGGCCCAGUAUUCCCAGACACCACCCCAUUUCCCUGCCCUUGGGGG